AUCAAAAUGGCUGCCUCGGGACUGGAAGACACUGAGUUGCUGAGACUUCGUGAAGAAGUCGCCGAAAAGACGAGAGAAAUCGAGCGACUGAAGCUGAUGUUAGCAGAAGGGAACGACACAAAGGCACAGCAGGCCAAAGAUGCUCCCCCAACUCUUAUUGAGUCAGGAAACAUCCAAGACAUUCCAACAUUUCAGCCGGCUGACAGACUAGACAAACCUGCCAUCGCACGUUACAGUAGACAGCUCAUACUACCUGAGCUGGGGGUAAAAGGCCAGCUUGCCCUGUGUGGGACCUCUGUCCUGCUGGUAGGUGCAGGUGGACUGGGCUGUCCUGCUGCUGUGUACCUGGCUGCUGCAGGGGUUGGGCGGCUGGGACUUGUGGACUAUGAUUCAGUAGAGCUGAACAACCUCCAUCGACAGGUCCUCCACACAGAAGGGAGAGUGGGAACGCCAAAGGCACUGUCUGUUGCUACAGCUGUCAAAGGGCUAAAUUCUACUGUGCAGUGUGUUCCCUACCACCUCCAGCUAAACAGCACAAAUGCUCUGGACGUCAUAAAGCAAUAUGACAUAGUUGUAGACUGUACAGACAAUGUGGCCACCAGGUACCUGCUGAAUGAUGCCUGUGUCUUCACCAACAAACCACUGGUCUCAGGCAGUGCACUGAGGCUGGAGGGACAGUUGACUGUGUACAACUACAAGGGAGGACCAUGUUACCGGUGUAUGUACCCCACCCCUCCCCCUCCUGAAACUGUCACUAACUGUUCAGAUGGGGGAGUAUUGGGUGUAGUGCCAGGCAUCAUUGGCUGUCUACAGGCUCUAGAGGUCAUCAAGAUGGCUGCUGGCCAAGAGGUGUCUUAUAGUCAGAGGCUGCUCUUGUUUGAUGCUCUGGAUGGAACAUUCCGCUCUAUCAAGCUGCGCCCACGUCAGGCCAGCUGUGUGGUGUGUGGGGAUGCUCCCACAGUCACACAACUACAGGACUACGAGCAGUUCUGUGGGGCCAAGGCAUGUGACAAGACCCAGUCACUAAGGAUACUCCAAGACAAUGAGAGGAUUUCAGUUCAGGAGUACCACACUGUCCUGAGCAGUGGCGCCCCCCAUCUGUUAGUGGAUGUACGACAGCCUGUGGAACUGGACAUCUGUCAGCUGCCCAACCCCAUCAAUAUUCCUAUAUCGCAGGUGUCCAGACCAGAGCAGCUGCAGCAGCUGAAGACAGCUGUAACCUGCAAGGUACAGCAGCUAGAACAGGAUGACCAUAAGUUACCAGUGUACGUUGUCUGCAGACAAGGCAAUGAUUCCCAGCUUGCUGUUGAACAGCUGAGGAACCUUCUGUCAGACCUGCCAGUCCAUGUGACAGAUAUCCGCGGCGGCCUGAUGGCCUGGGCCAGGAAAAUAGACACCUCCUUCCCAGAGUACUGAGUGCCAAGCUCAGACUAUCUUGUUCCCAGAGUAAUGUGUGUAAGAUAGAGAGGACUGAUACUAAAGCAUGAAAAAAUGUGCUAUUUGUGUUAUACAAACAUAGCUCUUAUUUAUUAUUAUCAAAUAGGAUAUGAUUUUAACUUACAUAUAAAUACACAGGAAUUAUAAUCUUCUAUGCUUGAGCAUUUUGUUGUCAAACAGGUACAGGUGUUUAUUUGACUUAUUGAAAAUAGAAUUUAAUACAUAUUCACAUUGAUCUUGGAAUAUUAUGAGAAGUCAUGUCUGUGCUUACACUACUGAACAUUCAAUUGUCAAUUAAGAUAUUGUAACCAUCUCCUGAUUUGAGUCUAAAUUGAUUAAAUAAAUUCUUAAUGAAU